UGGUCGGAAACGAAUAUUUUGAUCCUUUCGAUGAACCGAUAAGAGAUACAGCGGAUGACGAACUAUUUUUAGACACGAACAGCUGAUCUUAAUAAAGAAAAUUACUAUUUGUGAAUUUUAGUGCUUGGAUUUGUGAGCAGUCAUUUAAAGAAUACAUCACUCGUUCGUGAGUCAACGCGAUGAUGGUGGAUUAGGGGGGACACAUCUGUGUGAGUUCGGUGACUUCGUCAAGUGGACAUAGGGUCCAGGGGUCAAUAGGCUUGAUACACACGGUUCGAAGUAGCGGCGACUGGUUCGCUAUGCGAUGUUUAAGGGGUGUUUCAUGACUUGCUACAAGUUUAAAGCUGUUUGCAGGUUUUGAUGUGUUUUGCUGAUUAUAUGGAUAUUGAUAUACACAUAGUUAUUGGAGUGCAUAAACGAUGGGUGUUAAGGAUACGUGCCGCUAACAAGCUUAAGUCAAGCUACAGAGCCGUGAAUUGAUAAAGGUCAAGGCGUGCUUUGAUUAACAAUUGAUCUCAUUCUGUGCAAUCACAAUGUCGGAGGACAAGCGGGUGAAAGAAGUGCUGAUCUCAGAGUCAAAGGAAGUGGACGACAAAAAUGGGAAAUCCAAGGCGAACAAUGGCCGCAGAAAGGACUCAGUUUCGAGUGUGGGUUCGGAUCAAAGCAUCGAGAACCUAAUCCCGACCCCUCCUGACGGCGGCUGGGGUUGGGUGGUGGUGUUCGCGUCCCUGUGCAACAACAUCAUUGUGGACGGCAUCGCGUACUCGUUUGGCAUCUUCAUGCCCGAGUUUGUUCACUAUUUCGGCGAGUCGAGAAGCAAAGUGGCCCUGAUCGGCUCGCUGCUGUGUGGAACAUACUUGUGUACAGGUCCAAUAGUGUCCGGACUGACGAACAAAUUCGGAUGCCGUCCUGUCGCGAUUGCUGGCAGCAUCAUAGGAACAAUCGCCUUCAUUCUGGCGCGCUUUUCACCGAACAUCAACAUCCUCAUUCUUACCUAUGGGAUAAUGGGAGGGUUUGGGUUCGGCAUGAUAUAUUUGCCGUCCAUCGUCAGUGUCGGCUACUACUUCGAGAAGAAGCGAGCGCUGGCCACCGGAAUCGCCGUCUGCGGGUCCGGAGUCGGCACCUUCAUCUUCGCGCCCCUGUCACGCUUCCUUUUAGAUCAGUUCGACUGGAAGAACGCCAUCUUCAUCAUCGCCGGACUCGUUCUCAACGGGUGCGUGUUCAGCGCCCUCAUGCGGCCGCUGGAGCCGACGAAGAAGCCGAGGGACCCGGAAGUUCCGCGGGAGAAGAACAUGAUGGACCGACUGAAGGAAGAGGCCAGAGCGAAGCGGAAGAUCCAGAAAGGGAUUACGUCGGAAUCUUCUGGAAUCGGGCCGACGGACACGACGGAUUUCUUGGAGAAAGUAAAAAUGGCGAAAUUGAAUCGCGAGAAAAUGAUACAGGAGACUGACUCAGAUAUAGGUUCACUCCCUAGCACGUACUUCGUUAAAGAUAAAGGCGGCAAUAUGGUGCAGCGACAAGAUAGUCGUCUUAGCGGCGAGCUCAGACCCACUAUACAAAAACUGUCUUUUUCGGACAGAGGUGAAAACGAGAGUCUUCGGUCACCCUCACGGACACCAAGGAUCACCCUUACUGAGGACGGGAACGAAUUCGAUACGGGGUCGGUCGGUCCCGUGUCGCAACAGGAUUCGACCCCCGGUACCUCGCCCGUCCACUCUGCGAAAUCCCCGCAGAAGGACGAAUUUCCCGAAUCGCCGUCGAUGCGUACGUCGACCACUAGCCAAGACAGCCGGAAACAGAACAAAAUUACCUUAACCAAUGGGGUCCAGUGCAUCGAGAUCGAUCCCAGCGAGUCUCAUCGACGUAACGUCGCCAAGGAGCUUCUUUCACGCGGCGGCGCGUCGCACGCUGGCGGAAGUAAGGCACUAAUUUCGGGGUCAAUGCGCAGUAUUUCCGAUAAGGACUAUAAACGACCUAUGUACAGGAAGGACAUAUUUUACAGCGGUAGCAUCAGAAACAUCAACGAGUACAAGUCGCAGCCGGAAAUGACGAGUUAUAUAACCAGCAUCACCAGCAUUCCGGGUGAUCAAGGGGACGGGGAUACCCGAGGCGAAUCUUUCUGUCACCGGAUGUGCCCCUGUCUCCCCAAGCCGGUCGUAGACAUCCUGUCGGAGAUGCUUGACUUCUCGCUGCUGACGAACGCCGGCUUCAUGUUUAUCUGCCUGGGGAAUGUCUUCGCGAUGAUCGGGUUCUACGUGCCGUACGUGUUCCUGGUAGAUAGGGCAAUAUUGCUGGGCGUCGAACAAACCAGGGCCUCAUUACUGCUGUCUGUGAUAGGUAUAACGAACACGAUAGGGCGAGUGCUGUCAGGUUUGCUUGCGGACCGACCCUGGAUGAACAGCCUGAUGCUGAACAACGUUUCCAUGCUGGUGGCUGGGGUCGCCAUGGUACUGACACCCUUCUGCACAACGUUCCCCACCCUGGUGCUCGCCGCGCUCAUGUUCGGGCUCAUGACCUCGGCAUAUAUUUCUCUAACGUCGAUUAUUAUUUGUGAUCUGCUGGGGCUUGAGAAGCUGACCAAUGCUUUUGGUAUAAUGACGCUAGCGAGAGGCGUGUCUUCCACGGUUGGCCCACCAAUAGCAGGAGCGAUGUUCGCCGCCACCGGAAACUACGACAUGUCCUUCUACCUAGGUGGCGCCCUCUUCCUGUUGGGUACCGCGAUGCACUUCCUCUUGUUUUUGCCAUGCUUAAAGAACAAAGAGAAAAAGUACACCGUGUCCACCGGCAAAGACAACGAGAUGACAACAAUGAUGCCAAAGGCGUAGCCGGGAAAACCGGAAGGAGUGGAGCUUUAAUCGAAUGCUGUGUUCUGACCAAUCAGAACAGAACUACCGAUCUGUGAGAUAAUUCUCACUUUGUGGUUGGACGCGAAGAUAUAGCUUGGUUGUUUCACUCGUUAAGUGUAUAACUGUUAUUCGAUAAUAUUUUUUAUAUAACAUGUUAAAUACAUCUGGAAUAUUUAGUUGAGAAUGUUUGCUGUUGUUUGUUGUGCUAGAAAUGAAAAAACAUCCUGGUGAAUUUGUAAUAAGUGCAUUUUUGUGUUUACCAGUUUUUGCAUUUGAUGAUUUAUAUGUUUUGUCUUAAUCCUUAAUGUACGCUAUUCCAAAUUAUAUUAGGGACGUAUGUUUGUUUUUAUUAUUUUUAAGCGAUGUGUUCAGAAAGUUGUAAACAAUAAUGUGUGUAUUGUGAUAAAUAUGUGUCACGUGCAUUCCUCGCGCGUGUCAAUGGGCAUUUAUUGCGCGUGCUCAUUUAUACGUUUUGGUCCCAGUAGAUUUGAUAGCUGGUCUGCUAUUUUAUAAUACUUAUGAUAUCUGUAUUUCCGGGUUGUUAGGAAUAAAAUGUUAAUGCAUUUCCGGUUAAGUGCAUUCCAAUGUUAUCCUGUUGAUGAUCAAACCAUUUUUCUGAAGAUUAUUAAUACCCUAUACAAGUUCUGUAGAUUAUUAAUACCCUAUACAGGUUCUGUAGAUUAUUAAUACCCUAUACAGGUUCUGUAGAUUAUUAAUACCCUAUACAAGUUCUGUAGAUUAUUAAUACCCUAUACAAGUUCUGUAGAUUAUUAAUACCCUAUACAGGUUCUGUAGAUUAUUAAUACCCUAUACAGGUUCUGUAGAUUAUUAAUACCCUAUACAAGUUCUGUAGAUUAUUAAUACCCUAUACAGGUUCUGUAGAUUAUUAAUACCCUAUACAAGUUCUGUAGAUUAUUAAUACCCUAUACAAGUUCUGUAGAUUAUUAAUACCCUAUACAGGUUCUGUAGAUUAUUAAUACCCUAUACAGGUUCUGUAGAUUAUUAAUACCCUAUACAAGUUCUGUAGAUUAUUAAUACCCUAUACAAGUUCUGUAGAUUAUUAAUACCCUAUACAAGUACUGCAGAUUAUUAAUACCUUAUACAAGUUGUUAGAUUUAUUACUCCUACAUGUUUUUAUUCACAAUUUUAUUAAGUUACAUGUAUACCAUUUUUGUUUUUAUUGAUAUUCACUGUUUUUAUCAUAAAAGUAUGAGAGUCAAUUAAGCGCCUGCUUUAGACAACACUUGCCUGCACGUGUUUUCGCCUUGUUAUGUUUAUUGAAACAAUUUGUAUAGAUGUAUGCUCCGUUUUUGUAAUCCUUAUAACUUAUUGCAUUUGUAUGUGCGUUAUUGUAUUUAAGUUGUUGCCUAACACUUUAUUGAUGCUUUGUUGACGUAUUACAUUUAAACAUAAAGCUUUUGAUGGUCAUUGUAUAUGUGGUCCUUACUGAAUAUUUUGUUCUGUUGAAUAGCAUAUUAUAACAAAAACGAUGAGCAUUUUGGACAAGUAUAUUUUAGAAAAAAUAUCAUGGCAAGUGUUGAUUAUUGCAGGAAAAAACAUUCGUUUGGAGAUUUUAUGAGGAGGAAUUCAAACCACGAAGCCACGGAGGCCACAAACCGUUGGUGACUUAACUGUUUAUUAAGCCAAUAAUAAUAAUAGAGGUGAUUUUAAGCCAUGCGCAUUUAUGAUAGGGCAUAACAAAUUACGAUAUGUGUUAUAUAGUGUUAACGCUUCGUGCCAAAUUAGGGACACAUGUUUUAUUUGCUAUAGGUUUAAUCCAGUCAGGUGUGAUUCGAACCGAACCUACGUUUUAUACAUGGAUUCUAUAUAUUCACAUCAUGCACAAAAUUAAGAACAAAUGUUAAAGCGACAACUAAUACGUUUCUAGUUUACGAAGUAUUUCAGAAACUAUAAAAAUCGUGUCUAUUGUUUACUUGUCUUUUUUAACCUAUUUACGCCUAGCGUCUAGAAAAAGGCCUUUGCAAACAGCGUAGACCCAGAUGAGACGCCGCAUGAUGCGGCUUCUCAUCUGGGUCUGCGCUGUUUGCUUUAAGGAAUUUCUGUAAGAAAUAUUCUAAAUAUAGAAAUAAAUAUACUAGACAUCCCUUAUUUUGGAAAUGAAUUGAUCCAAUUAAGAAGGCUGGGAGAGUCCAUUAGGCUUAAAUGGGUUAAGGAACACAUUGAUUUUGUAACAAUCUGUUCUAACUUUAAUUGAGAUCAUAUAUACAAACCCCAGUGUCGUUGCAGUUCAAAGACACAUUUAGUGAAGGAAAGCACAAACCAUUGCAGUAAAUAAGACUAAACGGAUUCGAAAAGUAUGUAAAAAAAGUAUGUUAAUUGACCGGCUUAACGCGUUGAAAACAGGAUAGAAACUGGACUGUGCACCUGUCUCGUAUUGUGCCCAAGUACCGUAAUUGGUAACUAUGGACGCUAAAGAGCGAUCGCAAUGAUUUAUUCAGUAUUGUUUGUUUUCCUUGUGUAUAUUUGUUUGUGUUGUUUUUGUUUAUGACAAAUGCUAUUUUACUGUCGUACUACUUGUGUUGGUCGUUGGUGUGUUUUGUUGAUGUUUUGACUUUAAAAAAGACAUAUGUUAGUUUACCCUAUAUAUUUGAUAGAAUUCCCCAAAUUAUAUAGUAUAUUAUUGUAUAAUAAAUAGUCGGUAAUAAUAUACAUGUACUCAUAUGUUUUAUUGACAAGCAUUCUCUUUGAUAUUAAAAUAUGCGUUAAAAAUGAGUUUUGUGGGUCACAUGCAUUGGCACGGAUAUAAUGAUCAAUUCAAGAUCGAUUAAAAUAAAGAUUAAUUUUUAACAUAUUAUCGAGAAAUCUCCCGUACAAAAUUGGUCUAUCUAAUCUAGCAUAAUCGUUUUACAUAUUGACAUGUACGUCACAUAAUAAACAUACGCAUACAACAA